AUGCCUAUGCAUGUGAUGUCCUGCUUCCGUUUGCCUAAAGGGGUUACAAAUAAACUGUUCAGUGCGGUAUCAAAUUUCUGGUGGAGUAUUAAUGGACAAACACGAGGGAUGCAUUGGUUGGCUUGGAAGAAACUUUGCCGACACAAGAGGGAUGGUGGUUUGGGUUUCCGGGUUCUUGAGGAUUUCAAUACGGCGUUAUUGAGAAAACAACUAUGGCGAUUGUUGGAUAAUCCAGAAUCGUUAUUCUCACGGGUCUUCAAAGGACGUUAUUAUCGUAAUGCUACUCCUUUGGAUCCCAUCAAAUCCUACUCUCCCUCCUACGGAUGGCAGAGUAUAGUGUCGGCUCGACCUCUGGUUAACAAAGGGCUUAUUAAAAGAGUUGGUUCGGGGAUAUCUAUCUCAGUCUGGGAUGAUCCUUGGAUUCCAGCUUCUCGCCUGAGGCCAACCAAGGGAAACGGAAUAAAUUUCUACCCAUAUCUCCGGGUGCGGGAUUUAAUGACUCCCGAAAAAUCAACGUGGAACCUUCCACUAUUAAAUAAACUUUUUGAUACUUUGGAUGUCUCGCUUAUUAUGGGGAUCCCGACCUCACAUUUCGAUAAACCAGACUCUAUGGGAUGGUUUUUCAUAAAGACGGGGCGGUACACCGUUAAGUCGGGGUAUAUGGUCGCCCAAGAAAAUCCUGAUGAUGACGGUAUGGUACCUUUUGGUCCCGACAUACGGUGCCUUCAGGCACAAGCAUGGAAAAUAUCUUGCACCCAAAAACUUCAACACUUUAUGUGGCAAAUUUUAACGGGAUGUAUUUCAGUGAGGGCACGAUUACGUGCUCGGGGUAUGCAGAUAGACCCACAAUGUAUGAGAUGUGGAAUGGCUGCGGAAACGAUAAAUCAUAUGGUGUUUGAAUGUCCGCCAGCACUACAGGUUUGGGCACUAUCCCCGAUUCCCACGGCUAUCAACCGGUUUCCGAUAGAAGGUCUAUUUACGAAUAUGGCAUAUUUAUUCUGGAACUUACCGAAUGAUGAUAGAAUGAGGAUGUAUCCUUGGUUGAUUUGGUUUAUUUGGAAAGCUCGCAAUGACAAGGUUUUCUCUAAUGGGGAUUGGGACCCGAAUGAGAUUAUAAGUCACGCAGCAGCGGAGGCUUCAGCCUGGACAAUGGCUCAGACACGACAGACCUCAGUGAGGACGAUUUCAACAGCCAUGGUGGACACGAUUCGUUCGGGUGACAGAUGUCAAGUGGAUGGAUCUUGGAAAGAAACAGACCCAAGAGGUGGGUUAGGAUGA